UACUUUCAGGGCUUCCCUGGACGGAGGGAAAGGCUAUAUAAUAUGGCCUUUAUUUAUGCUCAUGCCAUAAACUCAACGGCCGGGACUGGGGAAGUCCGUACCCACACCUUUAUGGACAGCAAUAUGAUACAUUAUUAUUAGUAACGAGUGUGCGGCAUGCCGGGGAGAGAGGAGGGGGGAAGAGAUAGAAGAUGUGGUGAUCCGCAAUCCCGGAGAAGGGUACAUCUGAUCGAGAUUACAAACUACUAUUAUAGAAAGCAACGGCAGACUCAGAGGCGGCGGGCGUGCCUUUCCGACUCAACAAAAAUGUAGCGCCUUCAGGCACCAGGCUCCUGUUUAGGGCAUAAUAAGGAUAGUUGAUAAGGCCCCUGGGUUGGGGAGAAAGAAAAUAUGGAGAUAAGGCCAAAAAAAAGGCGCCCCGAUUUCCACUUUCACUCGGCUCCGAAUUCUAUUUAGCAUUAUUUAGAGGUGGUUUCCCGGCGCAAGGAGAAGGCGGGUUCCCAAGACCAGAAGUGGAAACGGAGAAUCCGUUCAAAACCCUGUUUCUCUCCUUAUGUAUUCCUGGUUCUCUUCUUUAUUUCAAUUCCAUAUUUUUUUUAAUAUUGUCUUUCGUCAUUUAGCCGUUCUCCUACUCCCGCACCCUUUUAUUACUCACAAUACCCCACACCAUACAGGGAAAGCCUCUGCAGGCUUGUUGUUUUAACAGCUCGUUCGGACGUCGACAAUUGAGAAGUUGAUAACCUUGAACGUCCGGAUUUUCCGCCAAGGGGGGCAGGUUCAAAAGAAGGAUGGCAGUUAUGCUGGAUGGAGAGGAGGUACAAAUCCAGUCUGGUCUCAGUGAACGGCAGAUCCCUGGGAAAAUAGGGGACAUAGAGAAGAUCGAUGGCGGCAGCUCAACUUCGCUCCCGCCAUACGAGAAGGAUGUCGUGACUCAAUGCGUGGAUCCCUUCGGGAAUGAGGACUCUGCUGAGGUUAAAUAUAAAGUGUUGACGUGGUGGCAAUGUGGACUACUCAUGAUCGCGGAGACUAUGUCUCUGGGUAUUCUUGCUCUUCCAUCAGCAGUCGCAGCGUUGGGAUUAGUACCAGCCAUUAUAAUUCUCCUCUUUAUUGGCUUUCUGGCAACCUACACCGGCUACACCAUCGGCCAAUUCAAAGCUGCAUACCCGCACGUCCAUAGCAUGGCCGACGCCGGAGAGAUUCUCAUGGGUAGAUUUGGCCGCGAGUUGCUCGGCGUUGGGCAGCUCCUCUUCCUAAUAUUCAUCAUGGGCAGCCACGUCCUUACGUUUGUCGUCAUGAUGAACACGCUUACGGAUAACGGAACGUGCAGUAUUGUUUUUGGCCUUGUGGGAAUGCUGGUUUCACUAAUCCUUACCCUUCCACGAACACUGAAGAAUGUUUCUUGGCUCUCUAUUAUUUCAUUCGCUAGCAUAUUCAGUGCUGUCAUGAUUACAAUGAUAGCAGUCGGGGUGCAAAAACCCGGCGACGGCAUUGAUGCAUUUGUCACGACAGAUAUUUACCACGCCUUCUUGGCAGUCAGCAAUAUCAUCUUCUCCUAUUCCGGUCACGUUGCAUUUUUCGGAUUUGCAUCUGAACUCAAAAAUCCUAGCGAUUAUUCCAAAGCCCUCUUCACCCUCCAGGGAACCAACACUACCUUUUACACGAUCGCUGGCGUCGUCAUCUACUACUUUGCUGGAAGAGAAGUAGCAUCACCAGCCUUGAGCUCAACUGGACCUCUCAUUAGCAAGAUCGCAUACGGCGUUGCAUGCCCUACUAUCGUUAUUGCCGGCGUCAUCAACGGACACGUCGCCUGCAAAUACCUAUACGUCCGCAUCUUCCGCGGAACAGAUCACAUGUCCCGACGAAGCUGGACUUCAAUUGGCGCAUGGGUUGGCCUGGCCACUUUACUAUGGGUCAUCGCCUGGAUCAUCGCGGAAGCUAUCCCCGUCUUUAACCAUCUUCUUAGUUUGAUCACUGCCCUCUUCGCAAGUUGGUUCACUUUCGGCCUAAACGGUUGGUUCUGGCUCUACCUGAAUAAAGGCCGCUACUUCUCCAGCCCACGCAAGAUCGUUCUCACCCUACUCAACGUCUUCUGCGUCGCCAGCGGCGCCCUAAUUUGCGGACUCGGCCUCUACGUCUCCGGAAGAGCCAUCAAUGAAGAUACCACUUCCGCGGGCAGUUUCACCUGCUCUAGGAUGUGAUUAACAGCAAUGACGACGAAAGAUAAACUAUACCUUCCAUAUAUACAGGGGGAAUGAGUUCAUUUGUUUCAUUUUAUUAUUAUAUAUACAACAGGAAGACGGUCAGGGCAGACCCAGGCGGUUUUUUUUUUUCAUUUUUCAGAGAAGCCUGGUAGAAGGGGGGUAUUGUUUGCCUUUUAUUUUCUUGUAAUUCUUUCUUAUUUUUAUUUUUCCUUUUCCUUUUCCUUUAAUUUUGGUUUGGUGUUUUCAACGUUCCUGAUUCCUUUCAGUUGGUGUUCAUUCCUGUCAUCCAUUAUCACCCCCUCCGCGCGCGCGAAACACCAUCCCUCUAUGCUGUGCUCUGUAUUCCAUUUUUCAAAUGCUUUUUAUACCAGAUACCUCACCCACCAUCCCUUGUCUACCUUUGGCUUCUAUCCUUGUUUACGAGUAUCGUUGAGGUGCCUCUGCAAUGGCCUGUUACUUGUGUGUUGGAUAUUGUUUGCUUCAUUGUUUUUUGCUUCUCAGUUUUGGAACAGUUUCAACAAGUUCCUUAUGUUCCCAGCAGUGCAAAGUGCUUACUUUUAUUAUGUUUUUUAUUAUAUUGUUUUCAACUACCUUUUUUUUUUCUAACUAUAUAUUUCCCGUGCUGUUUGUGUACUCUUUUUUUUAUACUCUUUUAAUCAGUAAGUUAUUUAUCACACAUAUUUUUAGCAUACCUCAAAUUCACCAUCUAGAUAAAUGAGUUAGUUUAUAAAUAAACAUAACUAAUUUAAGUUUUAAAAAUAUAUAAGAGACUAUUCAGAAACAGAA